ACGACAUAAACAGAUGUGUGCAGGUUGCUUGAUUGACAUAGUAAUUAGUUGCUGGAAUCCAUUCAGUUCAAAAUAAUCGAUUGAUAUUUUCCAUUCUGAGCGGUUACUCGUUAAAAACAGGUACCUGUGCUCUAAUAGAUUAUUUACAUUGAGAUUGAAUACAAAUAGAGUGCAGUAGAAUGUAAAAAUCAUAUCAUAAGUCACUCAAACCAUCAAAAAUCAGUUAUUUGAAACAUGUUUUGAAGACUGUAUUUUUUUAUUUCUGAGUGUACUUAUUAUGAGCACGAUAAGAAUUAAUUUGCAAUCAGUUGUUGAAUAUCCUUUACAAUAUCAUUUGUCGAAGCUGCUGAUAGUUUACAAGUGUCAACGGUCAACAUCAGAGAAAACCGAAUUCCCGUCAGUCCAUGGAAAACUGAAGGUGGAUCCGUACCAAAAGAUAGUUUUAUGAAAAGGUGGUAAAACAGAGCACUACACUAACAGAAACAAAAGGUGAUAAAAAAAAAGCACUACACUGACAAAAACAAAAGAAAUUUGAGUGAAACCACAAAAGAUCAGACAAAAUGUCGGAGGAUGAAGAUCUAUUCACCAUGAAUGGUGAAAAGAAAAAUCUCAUUGAAGGCAGCACAAGCGACUUGCACGAAAAGUCUCAAAAGACAUCAAACUUCCAGAGUUUAAUGCAUCUCUUGAAAGUAAGCAUUGGAACAGGAAUUCUUGGCCUACCUGUUGCAGUGAUGAAUGCUGGGAUUGUUGUUGGUCCCUUGUCUCUAUUCAUCGUGGCAAUCAUCACUACCCAUUGUAUGCUAAUAUUGGUGGACAGUGCAAGACAGCUUAGUAAAGAAAGUAAACGCAAGCCAUUAGAUUAUGGGGACACUGCUGAGGAAUGUUUUCGUCUGGUGACUCCAUCGUACGCAAAAGCUGGAAGGUACAUCGUCAAUAUUGUGCUGUGCGUAACGCAAAUUGGUGUUUGCACAGUUUAUGUACUAUUCGUGGCAAAGAACAUUGAGCAGGUGCUCAGGCAACUUCAUAUCGCAAACUUCUCCGUGACAACGUGGAUUCUAAUAUUGUGUCCGUUUCUGAUAUUAUUCAUUAUGAUUCGUAAUCUAUCGUCGCUGGCAUGGUUAUCGACAAGCGCAAACAUUCUGAUGACCUUUGCAGUUCUCUCCAUAUUCGUCCAUUUGAUACCAAACUCCGGGAAUCCAAGCAAACUACCAACGUUUGCCGGUUGGUCAGUCUUCCCUCUGUUUUUCGGGGUGGCAGUGUUUGCAUUUGAAGCAAUACCAAUCAUUCUUCCGCUUGAAAAUGAAAUGAGAGAACCGAAGCACUUUUCAUCAGUUGUCAUGUUUGGAAUGACAAUAGUGAUGAUUGUCUACAUAUCCAUGGGAACAUUCGGUUAUCUAACUUGCACUGAUCAUUGCGAAGGAAGCAUCACCCUAAAUCUACCUGGAACAGCGUUUUUCUCGAUCGUAAAACUGGCCGUAGCAAUUUCGGUGUUCUUCUCCUACUUUAUACAAGCGUACGUUCCAUUGAAGAUCAUCGAGCAAUCUACUUUAGAAAAGAUUCCGGAAAACAGAGUUCUAAUAUUUGACAUAACAAUUCGAAUCAUCUUAGUCCUUUUCACAUGUGGCCUGGCAGGGGCGGUUCCCCAGCUACACAACAUCAUCUCCUUGGUUGGUGCACUGAGCAUGUCCCUACUUGGUUUCGUGUUUCCGGUUGCAAUCCACUCAAUAACAUUUUAUGACAAACUGUCGUGGAUAGUACAUGCCAAAAAUAUUUUCAUAUUUGUCUUUGGAGUAUUGGGUUGCCUUGCUGGCACAUACACAGCAACGUAUCAUAUCAUUCAAACAAUGAAACAGUCGAGUGAAUGACCUAUUUUCGUGCACCUACACUCAGGCCAAUAAGGGAAUAAAAACAGGCAAAACUGAAAAGAAUUUACAUCAUUGCAUGCAUCGUAUAGAAAUGCUUUGCAGGAUGCAAAACAUUUUCCUCUAACAUGGGUACACCACGCGAUAAGCAAAACCAAAAAAUAAGUUUGGAUGCACGAGGACUAUCGUUCGCAUAGCUAUAUUUAUCACGACUGAUCACGACUGAUCACGACUGAUAACGACCGACGUUCGGGAGUUAUUUAGAGCCACAAGCAGUAUGUGCAUCACGUUUAUAGCUAUGAUCAUGCAAGUUUCAUUGAUCUAUCGCAGUUAUAAAAUACGGCUGCUACGAGCUAAGAAAUACUACACAAACAUAUUAAUAGAAAAGCUAGACAUGCUUAAUAAUUAUGAGGUUUUCGGUAAGAUAUAGUCAAAAAAUGACCCACUUCACAAAUAAUCAUUUAUGUUAAGCAUAAUGAUUUAUAGUACUUGCUAAUCAGAUUAAAGCUCUGACCCCCAGGAAAACUAAAACAUAAUAUAGUGUUGUACAAGGGCCGCCAUCAGCUGGAUAAUUGAGAAGAGAGGGAGUCAUUUCAAUUAUGCUUGUCUUGCCAUAUUCAAUUUCUUUGAAAUCAAUCCUUUCUUAGAGAUUGCUAAACGCACAUAUAAAUAUUCCCUCUCCCACCACUCAAUUAUUGAAUUCGCGACGCAAGUGGUCUAGCAUACCACGUCGUUGGCAAUUUUGAGGAAAUAGUGGAAGACCGUUAAGAUUGAGAAAAAGUUAUUAAGCAUGAAUCGUUGCAAAGUGAGUUCUAAAUUGUAAAUAUGCGUGGGUAAAAACUGAAACUGAAAAUACGGCUAAGAAUUUACAGAAACUGAAAAUACGGCUAAGAAUUUACAGAAGACAUGAGUUACGAUACUUUAAUCCACGACCUCGCUCUUUACGCAGCUAAUAAAUUCAUCCCAUAUACCACUUGUCUCGUUUUUUGCCUAAAAUAUAAAGAUUGAAUCAUUAGGUAGGGUCAACAUAUUGUAGCAAGCGUGCAGUUGGACAUUUUUAUUUUUACUCAUUCGUCAACUGCUCGGUACCAGGAUUGCCCCUUUUGAGAAAAUUUUGGUGAAUAAAACGAGACUUUCGUGCAUCUAGGCUAGGGUAAAACGUCAAACGUUGUUCGACAGCAAAACGAAAAAUAGGUACACGAUUACGCACAUGUGGGCUCCCUAGCCGGUGAAACCUCUGACCAUAAGUAGAUUUAAUAAAAUAUAGUUGAAAUAACAUCAUACAUAGUGUAUAACAAUGUGUCCUCUCGGCUAUCACCAUAGUGCAAUGGUGACUGUUGCAGAAAAAAACUUUCUUGAAAUUGAUAAAUGUGUUUUGUGCUCUCUGUUUAACGAAAUGACGCGGUAAUUUUGCAACUCUUUAUGUAUUCGCCGAACGCCCUUACAUAGAUUGCAAGUCACGUGACUGUGCUUAAAUCGUGAAGUGUCCAUAAGAUUUCUCACAAAUUCUAUUACGACAAAUACAUUUUUAUUUUUUAUUUUCAUAUCGUUAUAAACUUCUGUGUCAAAACAGUUGUCUGACGUGUGUAAGUUGUUCACUGAAAAGAUAAAUCAGCACGCUUAUAACAUGUACAUUUACACAUACACAAUUCGUAUAACUACAUUUCCGACGAUUUUGUGCAAAUAAUGAUUCAUCUUUGAAAGCAAAGGCCACCCACGUUACAAGUUUCCUCAUCAUAAUUUGACUCGCAUCAUGUUUUAUUGUCAUUUUCACGUUAACACAGACAAUAUUUGCGUUUUGCCUUUCACAACAAGUUACUGUAAUUGGGUGAGGAUAAAAAGCGGAACGAGAUGCAGGACGGAAUGGCGGAAGCAGAACCGCAAAUGGGGAUAAAACGCGGAUUCCGCAUAUUGGAGCACAAAACGAUAACGGAGUCUAUAAAGCCAUUAAUGGUCAAGUUCAUGUGCAAGUUCAACGUGCAUUUCGAAUUAUCUGUCCGGACAUAAAUUACACAGAAGCUAUGGAGAAGUUAAAUAUUCUAUCUGUAUACAAUCGUAGACAAUCACUGGUAUAUAUGUUAAUGAUAAAAAUCACAAAGUACAUAAAUUUUUACGGCCAUUGAGCCAUGGUGUACUGUUAAGAAAUAGCUUUAGGUUUUAUUCUCCUAUACGUCAGACGAAAGGAUUUAAAAACACUUAAAUUAUAAAAAAAUCUGGAACAUAUAGAGUACGAGUUUAGUUUUUUAAAUUCCUUGUAUAUUAAGUCAUAACAUUGCCUGUUGUUCUAAUGUGACGACUAAUUUCAUUUUAGAUUUUUGUAUUUAUGCUAUACAUAAUUCAGCUUGUACGGCUGCAAAGUAAAAUAAAUAAAUUUGAGAUGAAUAAA